UGUACCCUGGCCGCGGGGCCUCGGGCUCAGCUGGGGCUGCUCCGCGUCCAGGCGUGAGCCGGAGAGCGAGACGUGCUCGAGGCCGGGGGAAGCCAGGCGGGCCGGAGGGGAGCUGGGAGCGAGGGAGCGCGGCCGGGGUCGUCGGCCGCCGCGAUGUCAGCGCGGUGCUGUGCGGGCCAGCUGGCCUGCUGCUGCGGGCCUGCUGGCUGUGCCCUGUGCUGCGGCUGCUGUCCCAAGUUCCGACAGUCCCGGAGCACCCGCUUCAUGUACGCGCUCUACUUCAUUCUCGUCGCCCUCCUCUGCUGCGUCAUGAUGUCCAAAACCAUGCCUAAGGAGAUGAAGGAGCACAUCCCUUUUUACGAAGACCUUUGUAAAGGCAUUAAAGCUGGAGACACCUGCCAGAAUCUGGUGGGGUACUCUGCCGUGUACAGAGUCUGCUUUGGAAUGGCCUGUUUCUUCUUCAUCUUCUGCCUCCUGACCUUAAAAAUCAACAACAGCAAAAGUUGUCGAGCCCAUAUUCACAACGGCUUUUGGUUCUUCAAACUUCUGCUGUUGGGGGCCAUGUGCUCAGGAGCUUUCUUCAUUCCAGAUCAGGAGACCUUUCUGAAUGCCUGGCGCUAUGUGGGGGCCAUCGGAGCCUUCAUCUUUAUAGGCAUCCAGCUCAUCCUGCUCGUGGAGUUUGCACAUAAAUGGAACAAAAACUGGACUGCAGGCACAGCCAGCAACAAGCUGUGGUACGCCUCUCUGGCCCUGGUGACGCUCGUCAUGUACUCCAUUGCCGCCGGAGGCUUCAUUUUGAUGGCAGUGUUUUAUACACAGAAAGACGGCUGCGUGGAAAACAAAAUUCUCCUGGGGGCAAAUGGAGGCCUGUGUCUGCUUAUUUCACUGGUAGCCAUCUUGCCCUGUGUCCAAAAUCGACAGCCGAACUCUGGCUUACUACAGUCCGGUCUCAUAAGCUGCUAUGUCACGUACCUCACUUUCUCAGCUCUGUCCAGCAAACCUGUAGAAUUAGUUCUAGAUGACCGUGGGAAGAACGUUACGAUCUGUGUGCCUGACUUUGGUCAGGACCUGUACAGAGAUGAAAACUUGGUUACUGGACUGGGUACCACUCUCUUAAUUGCGUGCAUCUUAUAUUCAUGUUUGACGUCAACAACAAGAGCCAGUUCUGAUGCUCUGCAGGGGCGAUAUGCAGCUCCUGAACUGGAAGUAGCUCGGUGUUGCUUUUGCUUCGGCCCCGACGGAGAGGACACUGAAGAGCAGCAGAAUGUGAAAGAGGGACCACGGGUCAUUUAUGAUGAGAAGAAAGGCACCGUCUAUAGCUAUUCCUACUUCCACUUCGUGUUCUUCUUGGCUUCCCUCUAUGUGAUGAUGACCGUCACCAACUGGUUCAACUAUGAAAGUGCCAACAUCGAAACCUUCUUCAGCAGGAGCUGGUCCAUCUUCUGGGUCAAGAUGGCCUCCUGCUGGAUAUGUGUGCUGUUAUACCUGUGGACGCUGGUCGCGCCCCUCUGCUGUCCCUCUCGGCAGUUCUCUGUGUGAGGCUCUGAGCAGCCCCCUUGGUGCAGCAGGCCUGCAGGCCGGAAGUGACGCCUUUGAACAAGUGUCCCAGGCGUUCGAGCAGUGACUGGCACUUUGUGAAAAGCUGGCAUCCCCUGGCUGGCUCGAAUGGGUCUGGAAAAGAUCUCAGAAAAGAAAUCUCCUAAUUAGCUUUUUUACUUCUGAAAUUCGAAAAGAAACUAUCAGUUUGUCCCAAAAGAAUUGAAAAUUUCAACCAAAGUGAUUAUGAGAGAUAAUAUAUUUUGUAUGUGUUUUACACCUAAAAACGGGGAUAGUAAUCAGGCUAGUGUUUGCCUUCUGCAUGUUUGUACCAAAACUUAAUUUGGGGCACAACAUCUUAGCACAGGGAUGAAAAAUUUACCUUGUGUGGCCCAUCAUUUGUAUUCUUGGAACAGGAAAAUAUGCCAAAAUCCUGAGCCCUCAGCCCCUGACAGAAAGCAGACCCCACUCCCACCCUUCAGCCUGCAGGCACCCUGCUCCCGGCUCCCUGGUAUUUCUAGGGUACAAGAGGAAACACCUGCUUUGAACUCCACCCUUGUGCUGUUUCCUCCUGGCCCCCAACGUUUCCCUUCGAAGUUGUGAUGCUGGGAAUCAGACUUCACUCUCUGCCCUGACCCCUCCCAGGGGUCCCGCAUCCUUCUUGGGUUCAGCAUCUUUGUUAUAAUGUGAAAAAGCACAAUUUGCCGUCACCACCCGUGUGGCCCCUCACUGUAUUAUCACUACCUGAUCCGAGUUACUGCAAUAAUUAUGACUCUUAUUUGUCGUGUUAUUCACAUGAUUCUAGAACAAUA